AAUUUCAUCACAUUCUUCAAUCAAACACAUUUGUUUCCCUCUCGGCGCAAAAUCCAGCUGCAAAAAUAGACGACACAAUGGCUCCCGGACAAGAAGUUGCCCUCGCGAAAGACAUGACCUUCGAAAACAUUAUGCACAAGAAAACAGCCACAACGCACGAAGGUUUCUCAGCCAUGCUGAAUAAGGAUAAAGAAGCACAGCAGGCGGCUGUAAGCGAAUACUUCCAACACUGGGACAACAAGGAAGCCAAGAACGAGACGGAUGCCGACAGAGCCGCACGCACAAAAGAUUACGCCAGCCUGACGCGCCAAUAUUACAACUUAGCGACCGACUUCUACGAGUACGGGUGGAGCCAGUCCUUCCACUUCUGUCGCUUUGGUCCUCGGGAGGCGUUCCGCGCUGCGAUCGCGCGGCACGAACACUACCUAGCACACAGCAUUGGCAUCCGCAAGGGCGACAAGGUGUUGGACGUGGGCUGUGGUGUGGGAGGUCCCGCAAGAGAAAUUGCAAAGUUUACGGGCGCGUACGUCACCGGCAUCACGAUCAACGAGUACCAGGUGCAGCGCGCGGCGCGGUAUGCCGAGCAGGACGGCCUGGCAGGCAACUGCCGCUUCGUCCAGGGUGACUUUAUGGACCUCCCGUUUGAUGAGGGCACCUUCGACGCUGUUUAUGCCAUCGAGGCUACGGUUCAUGCGCCGAGCCUCGAGGGUGUGUAUAGCCAGAUUUACAAGGUCUUGAAGCCAGGUGGGGUGUUUGGAGUGUACGAGUGGGUUAUGACGGAUGCUUACGACAACGAAAAUCUGCACCAUCGUAAGAUUCGUCUCGACAUCGAACAGGGAGAUGGAAUCGCCAAUAUGGUCAAGGCGGAAGAGGCCCUUCGUGCUAUCAAAGCCGCGGGUUUCGAGCUCAUCGAGGCAGAGGACCUCGCUGAGCGCUUCCAAGAGGGCGCAGAGGGCUCAGACCCAGCACCAUGGUACUGGCCUCUUGAUGGGGCCGGCUGGAGGUAUGCCAAUACUAUAGGUGAUUUGGUUGGGACUGUCAGGAUGACCCGAUGGGGCCGCUGGGCGGCUCAUAACUUCAUGGCUGCCCUCGAAACAUUGAGACUGGCACCUCCCGGAACCAAGAAGACCGGUGAUAGCUUGUCAAAGGCGGCGGAGGCGUUGGUAUUAGGAGGGAAGGAGAGGCUAUUCACACCGAUGUUCCUGAUGGUGGCACGCAAACCCGUUGGAACACCAGCAACGCUUCUUUAAAAAGGAGGAAAAGAAAGUAGAAGGUAAGGAAUGCCAUGUAGUUCGUGUCCCCAGUAUUUUCAUAGACAUAGAUAAAAGAUAACAUUUGCUAC